AUGUCCCCGGGCACCUCCCGGAACUGCAGCCGCACCUCGGCCUUGCGCUCGUUCAGCGCCUUCCCGCAGCGCAGCACGAAGGGGACGCCUGGGGCGAGGCCAGGGCCCGCCUCAGCGUCAACAUCGGCAUCCUCAACGUCGUCCUCAACGUCAUCAUCCUCAGCGUCAACGUCCUCGUCAACGUCAUCAUCGUCAACAUCGUCAUCGUCAACAUCAUCGUCAACAUCAUUCUCAACAUCAUCGUGCUCAACGUCAACAUCGUCAACGUCCUCGUCAACAUCAGCAUCGUCAACAUCAUCCUCAACGUCAUCAUCCUCAGCCAUCAUCAUCAACAUCGUCAUCGUCAACAUCAUCAUCGUCAACAUCAUCAUCGUCAACGUCAACAUCCUCAACAUCAACAUCGUCAACGUCCUCGUCAACAUCAUCCUCAACGUCAUCAUCCUUAAUGUCAACAUCCUCAACAUCGUCAUCACCAACGUCAUUGUGAACAUCAUCAUCAACAUGAUCAUCAUCAACGUCAACAUCGUCAUCAUCACCAUUGUCAACGUCAUCUCAUCAUCAUCAUCAUCAACGUCAUCAUUGUCAACAUCAUCAUCAUCAUCAACGUCAUCAUCCGUCGUUGUCAAUGUCAUCAUCAUCAACAUCAUCAUCAACGCCAUCGUCAUCAAUGUCAUCAUUGUCAAGGUUGUUAUCAUCAAUGUCAUUAUUGUCAACAUCACCAUUGUCACCAUCAUCAUCAAUAUCGUCAUCGUCAAUGUCAUCGUCAACGUCAUUAUCAUCAACGUCAUUAUUGUUGUCGUUAACGUCAUCAUCAACAUUAUCAUCACCAACAUCAUCGUCAACGUCAUCAUCAUCAACCCCAUCGUGGUCAUCACCCCCCCGCACUCACCGUCCCACCGCUCGUUGGCCACGCGCAAGAUGGCGGCGGCGAAGGUGGCGGUGGUGGAGCCCGGGGGGACGGUGGGAUCGUCCAAGUAG